CCGAGGAAGGCGGGGAGUGCCGAGGCGGCACGCGGGAAGGUCUCGCGGCCAUGGCGGCCUCGGGGCCCGCGAGUCGCUUCUGGUGCUCGUGUCCGGAGGUGCCCUCCGCCACAUUCUUCACCGCCCUGCUCUCGCUGCUGGUGUCGGGCCCCCGCCUGUUCCUGUUGCAGCCGCCUCUGGCGCCCUCGGGGCUGUCUCUGCGCUCCGAGGCCCUGCGCAACUGGCAAGUUUACAGGCUGGUGACCUACAUCUUCGUCUACGAGAACCCAGUCUCCCUGCUCUGUGGCGCCAUCAUCAUCUGGCGCUUUGCUGGCAACUUCGAGAAGAGCGUGGGCACCGUUCGCCAUUGCUUCUUCACCUUGAUCUUUACCGUCUUCUCCGCCAUCAUCUACCUGUCAUUCGAGUCCGUGUCGUCGCUGUCUAAGCUAGGGGAGGUGGAGGAUGCCAGAGGCUUCACCCCAGUAGCUUUCGCCAUGCUGGGAGUCACCUCAGUCCGCUCUCGCAUGAGGCGGGCCCUGGUGUUCGGUGUGGUGGUGCCUUCUGUCCUUGUACCGUGGCUGCUGCUGUGUGCCUCCUGGCUUAUCCCUCAGACCUCCUUCCUCAGUAACGUCUCUGGCCUUUUGAUAGGCCUAUCAUAUGGCCUCACCUACUGCUACUCCCUCGACCUCUCUGAGCGAGUAGCCCUGAAGCUUGAUCAGAAGUUUCCCUUCAGUGUUAUGAGGAGGAUUCCCUUGUUCAAGUACAUCUCAGGUUCUUCUGCCGAAAGAAGAGCAGCCCAGAGCCGUAGGCUGAACCCUCCACCUGGCUCCUACCCCACACAGGGUUGCCACACUCAUCUGACUCCAAGUCAUCCUGUCACCCAGAUGCAGCAUGCUAGUGGCCAGAACCUGGCCUCCUGGCCUCCCGGACACAUGCCCAGCCUACCUCCGUACCAGCCUGCUUCUGGCCUCUGUUAUGUGCAGAACCACUUUGGUCCUAACCCCAAUGCCUCCAGCGUGUACCCAGCAUCUGCAGGGACCUCCCAGGGGCUGCAGCCUCCCUCCCCCAUCAGCUGUCCUGGCUCUGUGUAUUCCGGGGUCCUGGGCACUCCAGGGGCUACAGGCUCCAAGGAGUCUUCUAAGGUAGCCAUGCCCUAACCAAUCUGCAGAGGGGGCUUCCACCAUGUUGGACAGAGAAAAGUCCUAUCUGAGAAGUUAAGAAUUAUUUAUUGAAGCCAGGGCAUGCCGGCCUGUCAUCCCAGCUGGGUAGGGGGUUGAGUUAUGUCAAAAGGUCAAGGCCUGUGUGGGCUCCAGAGCAAGUGCAAGGCCAGCCUAGGCUAUGUAUAACAAGACCCUGUCUCAGAAUUAGUAACACUGGCUGGGACUGACUGGGGCUCUGUGGUAGAGUGCUUACUUAGCAUAAUUAAGGCCUGAGUCCUCAGCUCCACAAAAACAAAAAAGAGUUACUAAUUAGAUACCUCUAUGUGCCAGCUCUGUUGAGUACUUUGGUAAGUGUCGCUCUCUGUGGCAUUUCCCCUCCAGGCAGCUCUAGAAAGUAAAGGUUACUGGCCCAGCUUUCAGAAGCAAACGGUAAAGCUCGGCAUGGUGAGACAUGCCUGGAAUCUCAGCUACACCGUGGGUUUGAGGCUAGCCCCUCAACAAAUGUGAGAAUUAGAUAUUCUCGAAGGAUCCAACGAUACUGCUCGGUUUCUUGGUUCCUAAUCCAAUGUCCUGAGAAGGCGCUGUUGUCAUCGGCUGCCAGAGACUUGCCGUCCUACCCAUCCCAUCCUGCUCAGUGCCCAUGGGUCCUUGCUUGUGUCUGGUGUGACUGUGUACCGGGCAGUCUGUGUAACAUCGUCUUCCCACAGCCAUCCCUGAUGGGACUUCUGCCAGACUGGUGCCCUGCAGCAGCAGGCUGGUGAUCCACCCUGUGAGUUACCUCUGUAUAAAAACCAGCCUCCAACCUGCCA